CAUCCUCAUCGCCCCAUGUAUGCUACGUGUAGACAGUCCCUCUGAAUAGAGACUGGGUACAGCGCAUACCGGGCCCGAGGAUUAAGGGACGCUACACUUUUUUGCGCUCCAGAACAGCUUCUGUUCUGGGGACUAUCUACUCUAGGCAACAACCUGGAAACAUUGAAUUUCUAUGCUUUACAUCAAAAUCUAGUCGACUUCGCAACCACUCAAGAAGAUGGCUGGAUCGACAACCCACUCUCCCAAGCACUCGCGUAGUACUCGGGAGGCCCGCCGCGCGAAGGUCGAUGCGAAGGUCGAUGGACUUCUUGGCAGUUUUGCGAAGCGGUUCCGGACACUCGAUGACUCGAUGAAGCAUCUAGAGGAUGCUAUCGCAUCGCUCAGACGCUCCGUGGAGCAGGACAACGAGUCCAGACGUCACCGUCGAACGACCCGCCGGACUGAGUCCUCCGACCGCGAGGACUCAACCGGAGCACUCGCAGAGCAGGCGUCGUCCGACCGCGAGGUCGAACACACAGCACGCGCAGAACCGCUGCGGGCCAAGGUCGAGCUCAUUCAGAGCUGCCAGGAGAACACGACUCCGCCUGCUCCAGCCGAGCCGCAGGAGCUGGAAAGCUCCCCGACGAGUGGUGCACGCACCGAGAUCGACAGCGCUGCCGCUGCCGAGCCCGUGUCUGAGUCCAAGGGACCACCAAUUGAGCAGAUCGAGCCCGACGUCGAGCCUGCUCAGAGCUGCCCGGAGACCCCGUCUCCGCCUGCUCCCAGUGAGCCGACGAAGCUCGGCACCACACUCAAGAGUGGUGCACGCGCCAGGUUCGUCGACGCCGCCGUCGCCGAGCCCGAGUCCCAGUUGUCCGACAAGAUGACUCGGUCCUGCGCCCGGGAAGGCAUAGGGACGCGACCCCACGUCGCAUCCCCGGAUGUAGACGAGCUUCUGCUCGUAGAUCCACAUAUCGCGUGCUCAGAAAUGAGCCGCGACUCAAAAUAUACAAUUAUCGCGCCGGACGACGUGCCCGACGCGGCCAGCAUCGAGCUCGACGCUCAAUGCGUCGAGCCGAGCACUCCCAGCGGUAGCGCCGGAAGUACUCCUCUCAAUGCUAACCGCCACUUCGACCUCCACACUGGCAGCCACCGCCCGCGUGCAACCGCGUUCCAACCCGUGCGAGCCGCGGACUGUCCUUGGACAGCUGAACCCUUCGCGGUUCAGCUAAAGGACCGACCGGUCAGUAUCGACUGCCAUCUCGCGGUCGACACCCCCUUUGGUGACGACUACUCGCGCGCGGCCGCUACCCAGGAAGACUUGCACUUCCUACCGGAAGUGCAAGACUUCGGACUCUCCAAGACGGUUGAACCGCACUCGGUAUCGUUGGCACGCCUCGACCGGUCCCCAGAACAGGUCGACUGCGCUCAACCUCAGGAUAGGCACGAGC